AUGGUGGCAACAGAAAUGUGUGCCAUGACUGAGGAGGAACCAUUCUGUAUAGCCUUCAUGAUGGCGAUACUUGCGAUUUAUCUAGCACCAAAUACAUCCGUGGCUGUCAACAGGUCCUUUCUGGGAGCUGCUCAACAGCUUGAUAAGCUCAAACGGAUGGAUUGGUGCAAUUUGGUUGCUGACUGCCUAAUCAAAGGAACCAGGGAAUAUAAAGAGUCUGAUGCAUUGUUUGUCCAUGUAAAGGGUUGCGUGCACAUACUGAGUGUCAUUUUUAUCGAUCUUGUGAAACAUGCUGCGUUCGAAGUACCAAAUGGCUUUCCACGCUUGAGUGUUCUCACUACGGAACAUAACAAAUGGGUAGCUUCACAUCCCUUUGGUAGCUUGCAGGUACAUCGUCUAGAAGACUCUGUUUAUGCUCCUGUGCUUAACAACAUGGGACAUGGUAACAUUGUUGAAGGGGGAAAAUGUGCUGAUUCUGAGACAAAUACUGAUGCUCAGGCCGAUCAGUUUGCUAUCACCGACACUGAUGAGAAUAACAAGCAUCCUGUAUCAGCAGAGCUUGGCAAUGCUAGAACAACCCAUAACAUGGCAAGCUCGAUCAUUGUUGAACCUGUAGUAUUACAUAGUACAUCAGCUCGAUCAUCAGGCAAAAUUCUAGCGUGUAUUAAUGUUACAUUUACAGUUGCAGCACCAGACUCCUUGACAGAAGAAAGCAUAAUUUUUCCAACAAGCGAUUACAGACGGGGUGCAGGCUCCUCCAGAAGUGGAUGUGGGAAGGAACAGGGGUUCGCCGUCAACGAUGGAGAAGGACAAUCGGAGCGCCAAGAAAGCGAGGGCGGAGCUGCCCAGCAGUGGCCAAGUGAAGCCAGCCGGAGAAGUUACCAUAAAGAUGGACAUGAGUUUGCUUAA